AUGCCCGCCAUGCUCGCUGCUCGUUUCGGAACCGGCACGUUCCGGGACAUUUCCUGGUCUGGGCUCAGCCUUAGCCUCGGCCAAGCAGGAGUGAACCAGCUGGGAGGAGUUUUCGUCAAUGGCCGCCCCCUACCCGAUAUCGUCCGACGGCGAAUCGUCGAGCUGGCACUGAUGGGCGUCCGACCGUGCGACAUCUCUCGCCAGCUACUCGUCUCGCACGGUUGCGUUUCGAAGAUUCUGACCCGGUUCUACGAAACUGGAUCGAUACGGCCGGGCUCGAUCGGUGGCAGCAAAACGAAGCAAGUGGCCACACCGACGGUGGUGAAGAAAAUCUUGCGCUUCAAGCAGGAAAACCCGGGCAUGUUUGCGUGGGAAAUACGCGAUCAGCUACUGAGCCAGCGGAUAUGCGACCCCAACACGAUACCCUCGGUCAGCUCCGUCAACAGGAUACUCCGGAAUGGGGGCAUGUGGACCGACGAUAUGACUUCCAAUGAACAAAUGCUACGCGAGUCAUCGCACUCGACAGCAGCGUACAUGCAGUCGAAAACCAUGGCACAUCCACUGUACAGCCAAACGCUCGAGCAACACCAGGCCCUGCUCAGUCAGUAUCGGUACAGCAUGGCCGCCGUUUCGCCGGACCAUGCCAACAAACCGGUUGCUCAUCCUCAUCCGCAUCACCCGCACCAUCAUCAUUCUCACACCAACCAUCACACUCAUUCGCACCAUCCUCACCAGUCACCGUACGGACCGGGACCUGGGCCACUCAAUCAGUCCACAGCAGGAGCCAUACCCGUUCAACGGACAGCUGCCAUUAAUAUCAUCCAGCAUGAGGGUCAUCUGACUUCAUCGGGCAAAUCCUCUGAUCCACAGUUGGUCCAGCAUCCAGCGCAUGCCAUUCACCAUCAACAACCACUUGCUCCUGGUAAACCGUCCCCAGCAGUCAGCCUUCCGGAUCUUAGCUCCCCAAAGGGGGCUGAUUCCAAGAGUGAACCCUCGUCUUCGACUCGCUCUACACCUACGAGCACUCCAACGUCCUCUUCAGCUCCCGCCACCACCGGUACCGCCCAGAUGCCACCGGGCUACCUUCCGAAGCACUGGAUCUGGAACACCAGCCUGUUUUACGCCGCCAAUCGGGGUGUCCCCGUGACUGGAAGCGGUACCGAUGCGUCAUCGAUGGCGGCAGCGACGGCAGCGGCAGCGGCUGCAGCGGCCGCAGCAGCCGCAGCUUUCCCUCAUGGCUACUUCACCUACGGCAAUCCAUUCGGUACGAGUGGAAACUUUGCCGCCCAUAUGGAGGCCGGUAGACUGAGGAGCGAUACUACUGCCUCGAAUGCAUCCUCCUCGCCCGUUCAGAUCACUGACGUGAACAGUGACGACUCCUCCGACAACCAUGAUGAUCUUCGGACCGCCAUGUCGAAGAAGCGCAAUCCGUACUCCAUCGAGGAACUGCUGAAGAAGCCCGAGAGCAAGAAGCAAAAGAUGGAGGGCGUAACCAUCACCUGUGUUACUGGCCCGGCGAAUAAAGGCUCGGCGGGACUGCUCGACGACAAGUACUAUCCAUCCUCUCCGUCCAUUUCACCGACCAAGUCCUGCGCUUCUCCACCGAUUUUGAGCGUGCCGGUGGGACCGGGACUGGGCAAAUCGUCGACCAAUUGUCGAUCUUCAGCUUCGCCCUGUUCCGUCGGUGAAGAAUCGGAAGCGACCAGCAUCGUUUCGGCCGUCGUUCGCUCCAAAAUCAACGAUACCAGCGAUACCAACAUCAAUAUCGAAAUUUGUGAUUAA